AUCCAACAAUUAUAAACAUAUAUAAUCUCUAAUUUACAUUGGUACACCUAGAUGCUACUAUCAUUUUCCCUGAUUUAAAUCAAACAAAUGUUGUUUGAUCACGUAGAUAUAAUUAUAAUUUUUGGUGGGAAACAGAAAAAGGAAAGUUGGAGAUGAAAUCAUAAUCUGCUUUUCAUCUGCCUUUGCCUUUCCCUUCUCUAUUUCUUUCUACUUUUAUUUAUUCAAUUCAAUUCAGUCCCCCCAAAAUCUAAAUCCCCAAAAUCAAAUCAUUUAAUCAAACAAAAUGAAACUACUUCACUUCCAUAUCAUUCUCAUUCUAUUCGUCACACUCCCUUUUUUUUCAGUUGUCCAAGCGACGUCGUUUAAGAUCGUAAACAGGUGCCGCCACACAAUCUGGCCGGGAAUCCUAACCGGCGCAGACAGAACUAUCCUAAACCCAACCGGGUUCACUCUCAAACCGGGUCAAUCCAGAACCCUAAAAGCACCCGUUUUCUGGUCGGGUCGGUUAUGGGCCCGAACCUAUUGCACACCCGACCCAUCUGGCAAGCUCACUUGCCUCACAGCCGACUGCGGGUCGGGUAAAAUCGAAUGCGAAGGCCGUGGGGCCGAACCGCCUGCCACGCUGGCUGAAUUUACCUUAAAUGGUGAUCAGGGUUUGGAUUUUUAUGACGUCAGCUUAGUUGAUGGGUACAACCUUCCAAUGCUUGUGAUACCGAGGGACGGUACAGGUGGCGGAUGCAGUUCAACUGGUUGUUUGGUUGAUAUAAACCGUGCGUGUCCAACUGCGCUCCGAGUUAAGGGUGGCGGUCGUAGCGGGGUCGUGGCGUGUAAGAGUGCGUGUGAGGCUUAUGGUGAUCCGAGGUUUUGUUGUAGUGAAGGGUAUAGUACCCCGGAAACUUGUCCCCCUACGGAGUUUUCACAGUAUUUUAAACAUGUUUGUCCGCGGUCGUAUAGUUAUGCUUAUGAUGAUAAGACGAGUACUUUUACUUGUACGGGUGCUGAUUAUAUCAUCAUAUUUUGCCCAUUGCCUUACACAAGUGAGAAACUGCUGGAAGCAAGGAAGGAAAAGGCGGAUUUGCCACUGGUGAACAAAACCAUGAUGCAUAUCGGCCACCACAGGCUAUAGCGCUUAGGGUAUCAGGUUUGGAGUUUGAACUAAGGUUUUACUUAACUUGGUAAGAUCAUGGAAAUAUGAAUGUUUUUGUUGUACAUUGGUUAGACUAGAUUUGUUUUGGACUUUUACUUUGUGGAUUGUUAUAGAUAGACUUACAAAUGGAAUAUUAGUAGCAGAAAUUGACUAAAUGACCGUAUGUUAAUCUUUUAUUCA